AUGACCGAGGCUAGCAAGCGUCUGCAAGCCACCCUAGGGGGUUUUUCAAUGGUCACAGCCCUUACCCAGGGUGCCAUCAACAAUGCCAUGGCCGCCCUGGUGACAGCUCAGCCUGAAAUGGCCCACAUUGACUGCUCCACCAACAGAGGCGACUCCAUCAAAGGCACCAUUGCGGAGCCUUUGGUCUCACUGAAAGUCAUAGGCGAAACACAUACUGAGCUGGAAUAUACUACUCGAUUUGUCUCGGGAACAUUGCACUUCGACUACGGGGAAGGGGAGAAGAGUUUCGACGUGGCAAACUGGGAAAUUGCGUUCGACGUGGAUUGGGACACUACCGACAUCGAGGAGGGCUCCGAGGAGAACAAGAGAGUCAAGGCUGCGAUCGAUCAGGCAGGAGACUACUCCAUCAAGUCCCUCUUUCUGGUAUUCAACUUGGGGGACAUUAUCAAGCCCAAUCUUGACCACUGCAAUUUUCAAGGAGCAGACCUUGAAAGUGAUGACAUUCUUUACAUCGCAGCAAUUCUGGCCAAAUGGUAUAUCGAUGAAGGACCCAUGACCGACCGACAAAACCGCACUAUCGGCUACGGGUUGCACACGAGUGAUCCAUCAUCCGUCAAUGAGGACGCGGCCACAUUCCCUCCGACUUCAUUGAAGUUUCAGACCUACGGGUACAUAGCCCCAGGCAAAACAGAGCCAGACGAGGGCAUCGGCGCUGGUGACAACAACAUGCUGCUGUAUCUGCAAAUGACCGACAAUCAGGCCUUUCCUUCUGAUCCUUUCCUUGCAUAUUCCGGAAAUUUUGCAGCAGCCGGAAUGGAUGGCACGAUGGCUAUUGACAGAAGCAUCAUCUGGGACAGCUAUCUCCUGCGGACGACGAGUGAACUUCUCAACACCCUCAACCAUGCCACAUACGUCUGGGUUAAGACUGCUGAUGUUGACUCAACCACGAACCCUAAUUGGGAAAUUGGUAUUGGAGAUUCAAUUCAUUCAGCUUCUCCAGAUUUCUUCUCUUGGAAUCCUACUGGCACCAUGUCGUGGUCUUGGGGACUUCCACAGAAGGAGUCCGAGCAGCACUCCAAGAAAGAAGGGUGGAAUGGCAACAGCUAUGGCAGAAUCACCGUUGACUGCACCACUAGUAACACUAUGUCCACCAAAUCCGGAUCCAAUAUAAUCCAGAUCGGUGGGAAAUCGGAUAUCAAGGUUAGUGUUAGCUGCGGCCAUGAGUCGGUGACUUUACCCUGGGCCACUGAGUAUGGUGUCCAUGUAUGGCUUGAAUGGAGCACAACAAUCACUAUGAAAGGAGAAGACAGUGGUGGCCUACGAAUGGAGCUUGAUCUGAGCGACAACGUCUUCAAGGUGGACAAUGACCCAAUCUCAUUCUUUGGGUCCCAGAUAGGCGUUACAAAGUCCGAUGUAGAAAGACGACAAGGUGCACUCCAGGAUAAUCUGAAAGAGGCUCUGAAGAACUCGGCCCUGCAGAGCGUGGAGGAGGCCCUCCAAACAAACCUCAACAGCACAGCCCGGUUCGUGGUUCCUGGUCAGGGCACCUUCUCCUACAAGGAUCCCGUCUUUAAUGACAAUGGGGACCUGCUUAUCGAGGUUGGCUAUAUACAGUAG